GGGAGACUCUAAAGUGGCUUAAGCUCCUCCCCCGGCCCCAAAAUCCCGGGAAACUUAGCGGGUACCUAUAGGCAAGCCGAGCCAAGCCAAGGCUGAGUCUGACGACAACAUCCCGUAACACAAUCGCAGGUCCCAAUUAUCCAUACAACAUCUUAUCGAACCGACACGGCGCGUCUUCCUUUUCUUCCACGCAGCAAUCCAUAGGCACGAAAUCACCACCGAAGCUCGAAAGCUCAAUAGAACCCACCAUCCGUCUUACGCCUCCCCCUCCCCUCCCCCUUUUCCUGCCGCCGUAGCCGUAGCCGUAACCAUAACCAUCCGCCCACGAUGCCGACCGCGGGGCUCAAGACGAUCAUCGCGCUGUCCUUCGUGCUCGCCAUCGGGUUCCUGCUGGUCAUCCUGUCCUGCGCGCUAUACAAGGUCUACUAUCCGUUGCUCGUCGUCGCCACCUACGUGCUGGCCCCCAUACCCAACUGGAUUGCCGCGCGCUGCGCCAACCCGGACGACUUCGAGAGCACCGGGAACGGCGCCUUGGAUCUCGGCCGCUUUUUCACCGGCUUCUUAGUUGUUAUGGGAUUAGCUCUACCCGCCGUCCUCGCGCACUCCGCUCUAAUCGGUAUCCCGGCCAUGGUAAUGUCUAUUAUCGGCGGACUAUUGAUCUACGGGACUAUUAUCUCAUUCGGCAUGUUCUUCCAAGAGGAGCAGGAGUUUUAAUAUGUUGGUAUAAUAUUGGAGGGGCUAAGCAUGACGCAAGACGGCAUGCGAGAGGGAGGAGAGAAAGAAAGAGAGAGCAAAGGGGCAGUUUGCAUUGCUGUAAUAUAGGCGUAUCGUGCGAAUUCAAUGGAGUGAAGGAAAGGACUACGAGGUUUGCAUAGGUUGUCAUCUUUCGGGACAUCAUUAUUAAGAUAUUUGAA